AUGGCUGCACCUACACCUGAAGAACUUGAUCGAAAUCUUGAUGAAUUUAUUGAUAAACUUAUUGAAGACAAAGAUAACCUUCCCAAAGGUCAACUUGAUGAAGCUUUUUGGAAAGAUCUAGAAGGACAUCCAUUUUUUCUCAAAGAAAUGCCAGAAGAAGGUGCUGAACUUCAUCCAGCUACGGCAGCUUUACAAGCAUUGCAAUGGGAUGAUGACGAAGAUACACCAUUAGACAAAGCAACGAAAUUUAAAGAAGAAGGCAAUAAAUAUUUUGGAUAUAAGAAAUACCGUAAUGCAAUACUCGCUUAUACAGAAGGUAUAAAACAACGUUGCACAGAUCCUACAAUCAAUGCUGUUUUAUUUUGUAAUCGAGCAGCAUCGAAUUUUUAUUUGGGUAAUUAUCGUUCUGCUUCACGUGAUUGUGUAUUAUCAAGAAAAUGUAAACCUGAUCAUCUCAAAGCUUAUAUUAAAGGUGCUGAAUCAUGUAUGAAAUUAGAAAAAUAUAAAGAUGUUCAAAGUUGGUGUUCAUCUGGUUUAACAGUAUCCUUUUCGUUUUUAAUUAAUUUCAUUUAUUCAUAUUUAAAAUAG